AGGCUGUGUGUGAGUACGUGCGUGUGUAUGGCGAACGUAUGAGUGUGGAUUCUAGGGUUUCUCCAAAUCGACUGGGAUUUGAGGAUUCCUUCCGCGGCCUUAGGGCUCCAGGAGCGCAGCGCUUUGGCGCAUGGCGGCCGUGGCGCAGGCUCCCUCCAGCUCCAGCAGGGGCAUCGGCGUCGGGAGCACGGCGGGAUUUGGCAUCGGCGCACAGCAUUUCCAGCGAUCGUCGUCGGCAGCCGGCGCUCCCAAAGGUAGCAGCAGCACGGGUCUGGUUUGCUCCCACAAGGGGCAUUUGUCGCCCUUGUGCGAGUCGCCGCGGCAGCAUGCUAGGGUAUGGCCUCGGAGUGGGAGAUUUCUGGGCGAUGGGGUGAAUUGCCGCUGCAAGAGCGAGGAUUUCGAUGAACAGCAGCCUUCUUCUACUGGGGAUGGCGAGGCGGCAAAUGCCGAUGCAUGGGACAGGAGGAUUGAGUCUGCUCUAGCGGGGAUCAGAGCCCCGCUGCUGAGCAUGCUUAGCAUCGCUGGGAAGAAGUUCCAGCAGUAUUUAUUGAAGCCGCGAAGCCUCACAGCUUUGGAGGUUGUGGAAGACGUCCAACUUGUCAAGGAGGAGACCGAAUGGGAUCGUUGGCAGUCGUUCUUCCACGAGGUUGAGGAGCAGGAAAAUCUUUUGUCUGUACUAAAGUUUGAUUUGGAGGAAGCAGUCGAAGAGGAAGAUUACAGUGAAGCUACUAGGAUAAGAAACGAAAUGCUAGAUAUUAGACGGAGGGACACUCUUGGCCAACUCAUGGGUGAUUUGAAGACUGCGUUGGAAGAAGAACGCUACGAGGAUGCGGCUAGAAUUCGGGAUGAAACUGAUGCUGGACUGGUGGGAUGGUGGGCUGGAGCGGCAGAAGAGGGUAACGAUCCAUUUGGCCGCAUUAUCAAUAUCACUUCUUCGCAAGGGAGGCUUGUUGCUAGGGGUUACAGUGCUAGGCAGCUUGUGACAGCAGCGCCGGGCGUGCCUCUCUUUGAAGUGUUCUUCAAGAAGGAUGAUGACAAUGGUUACCAAAGCCAGGCUGUAUAUCUGCAACGAGAAAGGACUGGGGCCGACACGACAGCAACUGGAUCUGAAAACAGCGGUGAGAAGAAUGAAGAUGGCGAAGGGGAUGACAAGGUGUCAGACGAUCUCAAGUCAGAUGAAAAAGACUCUCUCGACGAGGGCCUGAACAGGAUUCUUGCUUUUCUGAAAGGAAGAAUGCCGGAUGUGAAGCUUCGAGUCUUUCAAGCCACGGAGCCGGAUAAAGUAGAGAAAGACUUGCCCAAGAUUGGCGAUCAGCUCAAAUCGUCAGAGGACAACAAAAAAGAAGAGGAACUGGGAUCUUCAGACGAUGGGAAAGCCCCUUUGGAAAACCAGCUACAGGAGAAGCAAGGCAAGAAUGCAGUGACCGCAGAAGAGCUUGUUGAGAUGAGCGUCAGAUUGCUCAUCGGGCGGCUCAUGCAAAAUGUUCCAGAAGACAAAGUACCGGUUCUUCCAGUGAGGAUACCCGCGAAGAUCGUGAACAAGGAGAGAGACAGUUUCGUCUUUCACAUCGAAGACCUUUUGGAAGAGAAGAUCUCUACGACUGACGCGAUGUCGUCUUGGAGACUUGCCGUAACAGCGCAGCCGUCCGAGUUGACAUCCGAGCAUGCCAGCAAGGUGUUGUCUCAAGCCUUGCCAGUGAAGGUGUCUAAGGAAGUGGCAGACAUUAUCCGGCUUGCUGUCAAUUACGCACAACGCCGGCGUGGUCUAGCUAAAACCACAGCUUUCCAGCGCAUCCGCCUAGCAAAGUCUACUGCCGACCCUUUCAACGCGUUGUAUGUCGGCACUUUGGCACCUUACAGCUCCCAGGUGAUUCAACUCAGACAGAAAUACGGGAAUUGGCAAGAGGAUGACAAGAGCAACAUCGACAGCGACAAAUUCGAGUUCACCGAGUACGUGGAGGCGGUGAAACUGGUGGGAGAUCUUCACGUUCCAGCCGGACAGGUGAUCUUCCGAGCUAAGACUGGUAGAGGUUCUCGGCUUCCACAUCGUGGCGUGUACCCCGACGAGCUUGGAGUGGUGGCCAGAUUCAAAGGCCGGGGGAAAGUGGCCGAGCCAGGCUUCAAGAACCCGCAUUGGAUCGAUGGCGAGUUGCUACUCUUGGAUGGAAAGCAGGGCGUUGGUUUCUUGAAUGGAGCUCAGCUGUGCUUUGUCUACUCGGUUCCAGGCCAGCCUUUUCUCAUCCUGUUCAGGAGAGCUAUGAUCGAAGAGAACAGCUUGUGAAAGAGAGGAGAAAGCUGCAGUUUUGAAAAUGAUCCUUGUAUUUAAAAGGCACUUUCAUCACCUAUUUGUUUUUGUCAAUGCUGGAUCAUCCAAUACACAUCUUUGAUGGUCUCUCUUA